UUGGAAGCUGAGCUUUCACCAUGAAGACUCACAUCCACGCAUUGUUGAUUCUACUUCUGGGGCUGUGUGUAACGACCUUGGCACAGUCUCAGGUUAUGCCAGCAUGCGCUCAACUGUGCCUCAAGAGCGCGUUUGGAACAGACACCUGCACGCCCACUGACAAAGCUUGCAUUUGUACAAAUACCAUCUUCCAGGGCAAUGUCUCAGCAUGCGUUGCUACAACUUGCACUAUUCCUGAGUCUUUGGUGACCCGUAACAUCAGUCUCACUAGCUGUGGUGUCCCAGUUCGCAACCAUGGCCACGACUAUGUCGUUCUAUCCAACACAAUGAGCAUCAUUGCCGCGGUCUUCGUCGGGAUUCGCUUCUUUUUCAAGGCAACAGUGUCGCGCAUGGACAUUGGCUACGACGAUUGGUGUGUACUCGCUACACUCAUCGCCGCAACUCCGAGCGUGAUCAUUACCGUAUACGGUACUGUCAAGAAUGGUCUUGGUCAAGAUAUGUGGGCGCUCACACCUCAGGAAAUCACUGAGAUGUUGAAGUGGUUCUACGUCAUGGCCACGCUCUACUUCACUCAAGUCACGCUGCUAAAGUUGACACUCAUCUUCUUCUAUAUUCGCGUUUUUCCAAGUAAGGAGGUGCAGCGACUGCUGUGGGCCACCGUAGUGUUCGUGCUCCUGUGGGGCAUUGCGUUUAUCAUCACUGCUAUCUUCCAGUGCCAGCCCAUUCACUACUUUUGGACAAAGUGGGAUGGGAUGCACAACGGCACCUGCCUGGACUCCAAUGCCAUUGCUGCCUCCAAUGCAGCUAUCAGCAUUGCGCUGGACUUCUGGAUCCUCGGCAUACCUCUUUGGCAGCUAUGGGGACUAAAACUACACUGGAAGAAGAAGGUUGCUGUUGCACUCAUGUUCUGCCUUGGAACAUUUGUGACCAUCGUCAGUAUACUUCGACUACAGUCUCUGGUCCAGUUUGCGCAGACUUCGAACGCAAGUUGGGAAUUCUACAAUGUCUCGGUCUGGAGUACAAUCGAGAUAUGUGUCGGUAUCAUGUGCGCCUGCCUUCCUACUCUUCGUUUGCUCCUUGUCAAGCUGUUCCCCAUCCUCGGUGGCUCUUCAGCUCGAUCCAGAAAUAACUACUACAACUACGGCAGCGGAAAUGAGCUGAAGAAUGUCGGAGGCGCGAGCCAGAACAAACGGUCUCUUCACAAUGACACUGCGAUCUCAAGCCCGAGGAGCGGAGUGUUCGGUCAGGGAGAUGGCAUCACAGUCAAGACCAGCUACACAGUGCAACACAGUAAGAGCGACACAGAUGAGGCUAGCUUGGUAAGCCACGAGGAGAAGAGGGCCACUGAAACCCGAAUUUAGAUCUAUA